AGUUGCCUAUUGCCACCAAAUUAAAAAAUACACAAUUUUGUUUCUUGUUAAUAUACAGGAAGAUUCAAAAAAACCGCACAAACUCUCGAGUGUUGUUGAAAAAAUGAUGCGCAAAACAAUUAAAAAACUUGUAAAUUUAACAAUAAAUUAAAUUCUACAACCUGGGAAACAAAAGAGCAAUAACAAUUGGUACUGUUGCUAAGAAAAACAAAAAAAAAUGCUGGUUGCAGAACUUAUACGAGUUGUGAAGGCCAAUAUGGCGGCACUAAUUCACCUUCCAUCAAACCUUGCUCUAUGGUGUACAACAAAAAUCAGCUGGUGAUCAUUUCGCGCUCUUUUUGCAAACGGUUUUGUGUUUUCUUGAAUGAAAAAGUGUGCCAGUGAUUGAAAAAAAUAGAUUAAUUUAUAAUGCACGUAAGAAUUCGUGAACUGAGCUCAACUUCAAAAGACAACGAUUUGAUUUUGGUUGUCUCAAAAACAACCUCAAUUAAAAAACUACAAGCUAUGAUUCAAAACAAACUAAAGACGGAAAUUAAUCGUCAAAAAUUGUAUUACAGAGGGAAACAGCUGAUAGAAGGCCACACAAUUGCUGAUUACGAUAUUAAAUUAAAUGAUGUGAUCCAACUGUUGGUUAAAGUAGACACAGAACAGGAAAAAACGGAAAAGGAAACAACAAAAGAAACCAAAAAGACUGAAUCUGAUAUUAAAGCCAAAAGUCGUUAUUACGAAAUUGGUGAUAAAAUCGAUGUGAUUGAUUCUGACCACGGCGCUUGGUUUGAAGCAAAAAUUUUGGGCAUUUUCAAGCCAAAAGAAACAGAAAAUGCGGACGAGAAAGACCUAACUUUUAGGAUAAAAAUGGAUCGAAAUGGGAAUACUGCUGCCUUUGAUGUUACAUUUAGCGAAAUUAGACCACGGGCAUAUUACACUUAUCACAAAUCCGAACUUACGCCCGGGGUUAUAGUCUUGGCCAAUUAUAAUAUUGAAGAGCCAACAAGUCGAGGAUACUGGUACGAUUUCGAGAUAAAAGAAAUCACAAAAAAGGGUAUUAAAGGGGCCCUAUUAGUGGGCACAGAGCUUGCAAGACUUGAAAAUUGCACAACUCAAUUUGUGGACGAACUUUUGCGCAUUGAAAAUCCCAAAUUACUGAACGAACGGCUGGAAACAAAACCCAAAGAAAUUCCACUUCGUAAGUAGCGAUUUUUCAUUGUCGCCCAUUUAUUUCCCAAAUUAGGAAAACUCCCCCUUUACUGCACCAAGUGCAGGGACAACCCGGCGAAAAACUGUAAAGACUGCGGCUGUCACAUUUGCUCCAAAAAAGAAAACGCUGGCACUUUAAUCAUGUGCGACGAAUGCGAUAGCGCCUUCCACUUAACCUGCCUCAAACCCCCUCUACCUGCCGUCCCCCCGGACGAAUGGUACUGUCCCGAGUGCAAAAACGACGACUCUGAAAUCGUCAAAGCCGGCGAAAAGCUCAAAACCAGCUUAAAGAAAAUGAAAAAGCCGGGCUACAAACGCUCGAACCAGGACUGGGGCAAAGGCAUGGCUUGCGUGGGCCGCACCAGCGAAUGUACCAUCGUCCCCAAGGACCAUUACGGCCCAAUCCCGGGCGUGGAAGUGGGCACUUGCUGGAAAUUCCGGGUGCAAGUCUCGGAGGCGGGGAUCCACCGGCCCCACGUUGCGGGGAUUCACGGACGGGAGACCGACGGGGCCUACAGUCUGGUUCUGAGCGGGGGCUACGAGGAUGAUGUGGACAACGGGGAGGAGUUUUACUACACGGGGUCCGGAGGACGGGACUUGUCCGGGAACAAGAGGGUCAGUGGGCAAAGCAGCGACCAGAAAUUGACCAGGAUGAACAAAGCUUUGGCGCUCAAUUGCAAUGUCAAGUUUAAUGAUAAGACGGGGGGCGAAGCCACUGAUUGGCGGGAGGGCAAGCCGGUGAGGGUUGUCAGGAAUUACAAACUGGGAAAACACUCGAAAUAUGCGCCGGUUGAUGGAAAUCGCUACGAUGGGAUUUACAAGGUUGUUAGGUAUUUCCCCCAGAAGGGGAAGUCGGGGUUUGUUGUUUGGAGGUACUUGCUGAGGAGGGACGACCCGGUGCCGGCCCCCUGGGCACCAGGGGGCCGCGAGUUUGAGAUGAUUUAUCCUCCAGGGUAUCAAGAAGCUGUCAUUCAAGGCAAAGACAAUAAAAAGAAACGGAAACGCGAACAUGACGACAGUCCUAAUAAUUUAAAAGAGAAAAAAGCAAAAAUUGAACCUUACAAAUUAACCCCCGAUGUAGAAAAAAUGAUAAGAGAUGACCACCAAAACGAGAAAUUGUGGACAGAGUGUUUAGAACUGUCCCGUGAGGGUAAACUAAAGUUUUUGAGUACGGUCAAAGAAUCGUUUAUUUGUGUCUGUUGUCAAGAAAUAGUCUUUGAACCAAUCACACUGGCCUGUAAACACAACGUCUGCAAAGGCUGUUUAAAACGCUCGUUUGCCGCAGAGAUUUACGUUUGUCCCUGUUGUCGAUUCGAAUUGGGCGAGACUUACGUCAUGACAGUUAAUGACAAUUUGGGGGAAGUACUGAAGAGCCUAUUUCCAGGCUACGAAUCGGGUCGUUGAUGCAAAAAUUAAAAAUCCGUUUGUUUUAUUUUUUUAAUUAACAAAAUUCAUAUAGCUAGAUAAUUAUUGUAAAUAGUCAGCACUCAAAAAUCACACUUUUAGAUACAAUAUUUUUGCUCCAGUUGUCGCAACGGCAAAAAAUAUUCAAUUAUGUAACAUACAAACAUUUACCUUACCUACAAUUCAUAUUUAUUUAGAGUAA